AUGCAGCGCAAACCCCGAAACACAUUGGAUAUGACCCCGACAAUUUUGCAGUAUGGUUUAUGGGAAAGCCCAGUGACUUUGGAUUCCAUAUGUCGAGAGAGCUCUUCAGGUAGUGUGCGAGUUGAUGAGACAAGCGGAAGUGUGUAUGGUCUACGAAGUGAUCCAGAUGAUAGGACGAAGAUCAUCUCCAUAGGCAAACCCUCAACCGACUCGUCAGGAAUCCUCCCUGCUCCGUACAGUGUUGGAACACGAGUGUACGAGUAUGGCGGUGGUGCAUUCGCUAUAAGCAAGAAGGAUGGCAACAUCGUAUUUUCUGAUGGCCCGAGUAAUGCCGUUUGUGUCCUCGACCCGCGUACUUCAACAGUCUGGAGAAUCAUUGAAGACCCGCACUUACGCUUCGCGGAUUUCGACGUGCACCCGAGUUCCUCUCAUUUGGUCAUUGCCAUUCAAGAAAACCAAAAGAGGCCGAUAUUGGAGCAUCCCAAACAUUCGUUGGCUCUGAUUGAUACACACGAGAAGAGGGUGAUAAGUCUAGAUGAAUCAGAAGACUUCUACUCGCAGAUGCGAUUCUCUCCUGACGGCCACCAUAUCAGUUGGCUAUCCUGGAACUAUCCUCACAUGCCUUUCACCGGGGCUGUGUUAUAUAAGGCGACUUUUGACGGCGAUAAAAUCACCCAAAAGACACGGAUCGCGGGAGAGCCGGGUGCCCGAGGAAUAAGUCAGCCUCGAUGGAGCAGCGACGGUACACUAUAUUAUCUAGAUGACAUCUCUGGAUUCUGGCAGCUGUGGGCAUCUGACUCUGCACAGCGCCGUCCUGUUCCCAUUAAUAUUCGUGGGCUGGAAGCUUGCGAUUUUGGAAACGCCGAGUUCAGCUUGGGAAGUUGUUCCUAUCAGUUUCUUAGAAACGACGUCAUAGUGUGCGCAAUCACAAUACACGCCGUGAGCCAGGUUGUCAUAAUUGAUCUGAAGUCCAAGACUGCCAACCAGUUAGAACUGCCUUUGAUGCAUGUCAUAACUGAUGGAGUCCGCCGUGUGAACGAUCAACAAUUCGUUUUGGUUGGAAGCACACCUUCGACUCCAACGUCCGUGUUUUCAGUGAGCAUUGAGCAAGAAGGAUUUCACUGGAAGCAGGAUCAAUCUUUGCCGACUGUGGCCUUAUCGAGUGGCCUUAUAUCUAAGUCUCAACCAAUCUCUUUUCCUCGUACUCACGGGCCAGACCAGAGUGGACUCGGUCACGGAUUUCUCCUUCUCCCUCGCAACCCAGCAUACAAGGCGCCCCUGGAUGAAAAGCCACCUCUUCUAGUGUGGGCACAUGGCGGGCCAACGAACCAUUUCAAUCCAGGAUUCUCGUUACAGCAACAGUACUGGACCAGCCGUGGCUACGCGAUCCUGCUUCUGAAUUAUGCCGGUUCUACCGGUUAUGGAAGAAGCUAUCGACGUCUUUUGGACAGGCACUGGGGAGUAAUAGACUCUGCUGAUGCAGCUAGCGCAGCUAGUUACCUGGCCUCAGCGAACUUGGUCAAUCCCAAAAGAAUUGGUAUCGUGGGACCGAGCGCCGGAGGCUACCUUGUACUAAAAACUGCCUGCGACUUCCCUCAUCUUUGGGCCGCCGGAGUUUCGGUGUUCGGUAUUUCAGACACAAAGCGGUUUGCGGAGACGACUCACAAGUUUGAAAGCGGCUAUGCAGAACAAUUGCUCCCAGUGAAGCUUUCUGGUCCCGACGAAGAGCACUACCAGGUGCAUCAUGACCGAAGCCCUGUGGCUCACGUGGACUGCAUCGAAGCACCAAUACUUCUACUGCAGGGAACAGAGGAUCGAGUGGUAAUUUCUGAGCAAUCUGUGAUUAUGCACAAUGCUUUGACACAACAACACAAGGUAUCAGAGCUCUUGCUCUUAAGGGGAGAAGGGCAUAGCUAUUGGGCAGGCCAGGCAUUGAGGCGCAGCGUUACAGCUCAGGAAAGAUGGUGGAGAAAAUACUUGCUCGGUGUAAAACCGGUUCCCUGA